GUGAUAUUCCAUCUCAUUUGCAUGAUGACUGAUAUAUGGGAGGCUUGGAAGGACAUAUGCCACAGCAAUCAUGUGAUGAAAAUUAAAGUGAAAGUUUUGGGCCCAGAGCCGAAAAAAAAUCUGUGUAUGCGCAUGAGGCUGUUGAUGUGCAAAUGUGAAUCAUAUUGAGAAGGUCUGAAUAGGGAGGUGUGACGUAAAGAGGGGACACAAACGCAGGUGCUUAUCUCUAGGCAGUCAAAGGCUCUGGAUGUCAUAUCAUGGGAACUACCUUUCAAAGACUGCUUUAGUACACAGUUCAGCACACAAGGGAGCAGCAAGAUAAGUUUUUUUGGAAACACAAAAAAGAAUGAAAGUCAGAACUAUCUUCUAAAUCUGCACCUUAAGCUACAUUCAUUUGAGCAGAGAAUCACCACAUCCUUUAUACUUGAAGAAACAAUGAUGGAUGCAGACGGGGAAGAGACAAAUCUAUGCAUACUCUCUAAAGAAAUAAAAGUGGAAGAAGAUUCACUAGCAGAAGAACUCAGUGCUUACAACUGCACCAUGUCUAAGAAGAGGAAAUUUCUAGAACCGUGCUCCACGGCGCCUGUCAAUAAAAGAAAAUCUCUGCUAAUGAAACCUCAACACUAUGAUCCAAGUGAAGACUUUGAUGAUGAGACUGAGGAUAAAUCAGACUUUCUAAGCUUCAAACUUUUUAAAAAAAAGUCUGGAGGCAUGGUUUUGCAAUCAGAUAGUGUGGAGCCUCAUUCAACAGAGGAAAAAUGUUGCUAUCAAGAUAUUAUCCCAAAUGCCUCAAUAUUAAAGAAUGCAGCAAUAGAAACAAUAAUAAACCCAUCGAAUUAUACCCUUAAUGACAGUGGGACUCAAUCGGUAAAGCCAGCCACUGUGGAUAGACAAGAAAGUUAUUGUGACCAGCACUCUAAGCACAAAGAUCACCCAGCAUUUUCAUCUGAUGACACUAAUAGUAAUUGUGAAACUACUGAAAAUGGGUGGGAAAGUUCUUCCAGUUUCUCUGAAGAAAUGAAUGCAAAUGACCACUCAGCAGAUAAAUACUGCAAACAGAUAGAAAUGGACCCAAGGGUGGAUUUUAACAGAAGAAGCACAGACAUUGGAGAUGUCUGUGAAACACAAAGUACCCUAACAAUACAAACCGAGAAAGAACACAGCAAAAUCCAGCAUCCCAAGUUUGAAAAUGAAGAGGAUAAAUGUUUUUCUGUUUUAAAAGAAGAAUGUGUUGAUUUAGAUAAUACAAAAGGGAGCUUGACCCUGCUUGAACAAGCAAUGGCCUUACAAGCAGAACAAGGUCACAUGAUUCACAGCACAUACAAGGAACUAGACAUGUUUCUUUUGGAACAUUUAGCGAGAGAACGAAGACAAACAAAAAUCAUUGACAUAACUGGAAGACAAAUAUAUAGCAACAAAAAUUCUCCCCGUCCUGAAAAACGUGAGACAAAGUGUCCAAUUCCAGGAUGUGACGGCUCAGGUCAUGUAACUGGAUUGUACCCUCACCAUCGCAGUCUUUCUGGUUGUCCUCACAAAGUUAGAGUGCCUCUAGAAAUCCUGGCCAUGCAUGAAAAUGUUCUAAAGUGUCCAACACCAGGAUGCAAUGGAAGAGGGCAUGUUAACAGCAAUCGCAAUACACAUAGGAGUCUUUCAGGCUGUCCAAUUGCCGCUGCUGAAAAACUCUCGAAAACACAAGAAAUGCAAUUAUCUUCCAAUGGUGGGACCAAUACUGAACCAAUUCACAGAGCAACUUGUGUAAAACAUCUUGAGGUAACACAGUUCAGAUAUGGAGCAACACAACCAGUUACCACAGCACGAGCAACUAUUAUUAAAGAGCACGACAGAUUCGGGAAAGUUCCAUUUGACUAUGCCAGCUUUGAUGCACAAGUUUUUGGCAAACGCACCAUUGCUACAGUUGUUCACAGCCAAGAAUCUAAUUGUAGUGGAGCAAAACAGCACACAAGUCCAGCAAAAUCUUCCAAUCGACUGCAUAGCGCCCACACUCAGAGCCCAUGUCAUGCCAGCUCUUACAACUACGGUCAGUGUAGUGAAGACACCCACAUAGCAGCAGCUGCUGCCAUCCUCAACCUUUCCACCCGCUGCAGGGAAGCGGCAGCAGAGAUCCUUUCCAACAAACCAUUGAGUCUCUCUGCCAAGGCAACAGACAUUGAAGUUGAUGAAAACGGCACAUUAGAUUUAAGCAUGAAGAAGAAUCGAUUCCAUGAGAAGGCUGGUACCUUUGGCAUAUCAAAGCCUAUCCUGUCAACACCUUCUUUGUCACCCUUCAAAACAAGUAGCAUCUUAGUUAACGCAGCCUUCUAUAAAGCCCUUUGCGAAAAGGAGGGUUGGGAUACCCCCAUUAACUACAGCAAAGUCCACAGCACAAUUGGAGAUGAUAAAGAGCCAGACCUUGGGGAUUAUUCAGAUAACACAGAUGAAACAAAAUACUCCGAAGAUUCCCCUUUGCCAAGUCCUAAAAGCAAGUUCCAUUCCAGGGACAUGAAGAAGGAAUUGAUUACUUGUCCAACUCCAGGAUGUGAUGGCAGUGGCCAUGUAACAGGAAACUAUGCUUCACAUCGCAGUGUUUCUGGGUGCCCAUUGGCUGACAAAACCCUUAAGUCUCUUAUGGCUGCUAACUCUCAGGAGCUUAAGUGCCCAACACCUGGAUGUGAUGGUUCUGGUCAUGUGACAGGAAACUAUGCUUCUCACAGAAGUUUAUCAGGCUGCCCACGUGCAAGGAAAAAUGGUGUCAAAUUAUUUUCUAGCAAGGAAGAUAAAGAAGACCAGGAACUUAAGUGCCCUGUUGUAGGCUGUGAUGGUCAAGGCCAUAUAUCUGGUAAAUAUACCUCUCAUCGAAGUGCUUCUGGAUGCCCUUUGGCUGCCAAGAGACAGAAAGAAAGUGUCCUGAAUGGAUCUUCAUUGCCCUGGAAACAACAUAAGCAAGAGCUGCCACACUGUCCACUACCGGGCUGCAAUGGAUUGGGUCAUGUUAAUAAUGUCUUUGUCACCCAUAGAAGUUUGUCUGGAUGCCCCUUGAAUGCACAGGCUAUAAAAAAAGGCAAACCCUCAGAAGAGCUUAUACCCAAGAUAAAGCCAAGCAAUGGCACAGAAAAUGAAGAGGACAUAAGAAAUCUGGAUGAAGAGAUCAAAGAACUGAAUGAAUCAAAUCUAAAGAUAGAGGCUGACAUGAUGAAGCUUCAGACCCAGAUUUCAUCUAUGGAAACAAAUCUGAAAACCAUAGAGGAGGAGAACAAGCUCAUAGAACAGAAUAAUGAAAGCCUUUUAAAAGAGUUGGCUGGUCUAAGCCAAGCUCUUAUCUCAAGUCUUGCCGAUAUUCAGCUUCCACAAAUGGAACCCAUUAGUGAACAUAAUUUUGAAGCGUAUGUAAAUACUCUCACUGAGAUGUACAGCACAAUGGAGCAUGAUUAUCCCCCCGAAUGCAAAGCUCUUUUGGAAAAUAUCAAACAGGCUGUCAAGGGUAUCCAUGUAUAAUCUGCUACAAACUGCCGGGCAACACAAACUGUCUGAAGAUGAAACACCAGUGUACUUGGAUAUAGUAAUGGGGAUGUCAGUUGGUGUGCUGCAUUAAAAACAAUAACAUUGCACUAUUUACUUUCCCAGCUGUCAUAAAAUAUACUAAAAAAAAAACAACAGAAGACUGUUUGAACUAACAGCAAUGCACUUGAGGGGUGUAUUUCGAAUAUGUAUUUCAGCUCAUUUUUUUCUCUAUUGCACUCUUUCUUUUGUAAAGUGAAUGUAAAAAAAGGUGUUUGCAACUAUUUUUUAUAUAUUGUAUUUAUUUCAGAUGGAAGGAUGUUUUUGUUCAUUACUUAUAACAAUUUUUGUUAGGCUCACCAUAUUUUUACAAAUAUCUUUUUAUAAGUUAUUUUCUGAGUGGAAAUUAAAUAGAUUUAAUGAAAGUGAAUUCUGUAAAAUAAAACGUAAUAAGUUCGGGGGGGACGGAAAAGAAAUGUUAAUGGUACAAAUGGCAGUUGGUUAUAUUUUUGGUAUCAAUGUAGAUUUCCCUGUUGUAGGGUUGCAAGCACACACGCUUCAACAUGAGAUGGGGGAAGAAUAUUAUAUAGAAGCCCAGAGAGAUUUUUUUUAUGCUUGAGAUAUAUUUUAUGUUUUAGAAUGAUGCUAGCAAUAACAAUUAGUUACAUUUCCACUCAUUUAAUUUUAGAAUUGCAGUAAUGUAUUCAGAGACUACAAAAUAUUGUCAUAAGCACUGGAUUUCUUGCUAGCACUUGAAUAAUACAUAUCACUGAUACCUCAAGGGCUUCAGCACACAGAAAAUGAAACACAAAAAAAAGCUGAAAAGUUUGCAAAAAAAAAUGAUUUUUUUUUUUUUUAAAGCAAACAUGAGUUUUUACAUAGGUUUUAGGAAUCUUCUUCCACUGAGGAUGAUGCUCCAUCAUCCAGCAAACAGUAGUCAAGAAAACUGUAGUUGGUUACCGAGAUUGUUUUUUAUAUUUCUCAGUGUCGUUUUUGUGUUUAUAGGUGGGCAUUACACUUCCUAGAAUGUAAAAUCACAAAUGUCUAGUGGACACAAAAUAAUCAUAUUGGUACUAGAAGAGACAAUGACCAAUAAUUUUCCUUAACUGGCUUUUGAUGGACUAGGGUCCCUAACAUUUAAAAAUAAGGCAAUUUUUUUUGUCUCAUUUUUUUUUCUUUUUGUAAACUGUAUAUUUUUGCAACAGAUGAUGUAAAACACCAGCUUAACUGCCUUGAAUAUGCACUCAGUUAUUGUGCAUAUGUGCCUAAGUGUCAAUUAUUUCUUUAUCUCUGUCCUUUAAGUUUUUAUUGUCUUCUGUAAAAAUAACGUGCUUUACUCAGCAUUCAACUGUUUAUCAGCCUGGACUAAUACAAAUACCUGUGUAAACAAAUAAGUAAGUGCUACAGUAUAAUGCUCACUGUUAUCUCUAUUCCCUUAAAGGGAGCUUCAGGCACAUGUACUUGUAGAAAAGCAAGGUGCUGUGUAUAUUUGGUAGAUGUGGAUUAUAAUGUCAAUGUAUUUAUUGACUGAAAUAACAAGUAAACCACACCUACUGCCAGGGCCGUACCCAUUUGUAACACUGAUGCCCUUAAUCCUAUCGAAAUCCCAGACACUGUACCUGCAUAAAUAACUGCUUUCAACAUUUUUUCCAUUGUUUCCUUGGAAGAAUGUGCAAGAAAAACCAAUAGAAUGCUCUAUUUAAUAUCUUAAAACAGAAAAUCUUUUGGAUUCAUCAUGUUAGUAUUAUAUCUUAAGUCAGGCACCAUAAACAGUGCUAAGGUCCCAGUCUGGUUCAUACUUAUUUAUUGUUUUUAAUAAUAUACAAACAUAUAUACUAUUUAUAUAGUAUUUUUUUCUUUAAAUAAUAAACUGUACAUUUUAGUUAUUUUAAGAAUAAAUACAGUUACAUUCCAUUAAUGUGAAUUCCAACCCAAAACUGUUAAUUGGGUCAGACACCUGCCUCGAUCCCCUCAUUCAUUUCAGCAUUUUUUGGACUUGGGUGCUAUGUUUUUCUUUUAUUGAGUCCAUUCAAAACAUAAUGGGACAGAUUAGCAAAAUGUUAGAUUCGAUUUUAAUAAAUAGAAACUCACCCACGUUCUAUUCAUUCCUAUAGGCUUUUUGGAAGCCCCUUUAUGUAAUUAAAGACAUGUAAAUUAGGGACAAGGUGAUAGGGGAUGUUUCGGGCUGAAAAAACAUCAGUAGUUGCCGUAAUUUUUAGGAAUGAAGAAAAACUUUGGCACCUAAAGCUUCCAAAGUUUUUCUUUGUCCCAAAAGCCUGGUAAGGUAAAAUGAUGGAAAUUGCUGAGGUUUUUUGGGGUUUCCUAGAAAAAUAUUAACUAGCCCCUAAGUGUGACGCAACGUGCACCUGAUUCCUCAAUACUAGUGCAAACUUGCACCUGUUUGAUAAAUCAGGCACAAGAUGCAGUGGCAUAAAUGUGUGCAUUCCAGGGAUAGCGACGCUAUUACCCAUUUCUGCAUGAUUAAAUUGUUACAAGUAGUAGAGCCUACAGAUGCAAAAAGAAGAGGACUCUAGAUUUACUGCCUUAUGAAGAAGCUGUAAACUACAGAGCUCCCUUUUGUAAGGAGCAGCUUCGCUAUGCACUGUAAUCUGCAAAGCAGGCACAAUUGAAAUUGGUAGAAAUACAGUGGAGUGCAAGUAGGUGCAAGCACUUUAAUGAUUUGUGCAAUUUUGCACCCAUUUCAGUGCCUAGCUCUGUACCUUAUGAUGGCUAAUGAGCCCACUAAAGGAGCUGAUUUAGCAAAAUUGUAGUCCAGCUUCUUACUACCACAAAAAAACUGCAUAAUAACCAGAAGCUUAUAGUAUACAGCAUCAUAAGGGCAGAUUUAUUAAGGUUCAAAUUGUAAAUUUGAAUUUUCAAAUUGGAUUUUUGUUCAUAACUCACAAA